CUAACCCGGAUUACUGAAGGACGGCGAGGGGAGCCAAUGACCGGAGAGCCCGUACAAGAGACUCCAAAUCCUGCUGUCAGGGGAGGAUUUAGUGCAAUCCCGAGCACCGAGCGGUUGCAUCUGAGAAAGUGAGUGAUGUUCAAACAGGGUCCAGACAUUUAUGAAAAGAAAAUCACACGUUGUGUCAUGCAAUCAUGGAAAAAAGAAGAUUUAAUCCUGAUCUGAAACUGGAUAUGGACACUAUCGACUUCAGAUCGCUGUAACUCGGUUUUAAAAGUUCACGGUGACUAGUUGAACGCGUGGAUUGUCUCCUCGGAUCCCCUUGGACCAAACAUGAGUUUCACAAAAUUAAGGGUCUAAUGAUGGAGGAAGGUAGUCGGGUCACCGCGUGCGUGCUGCUGCUGAUGUUCGUCUCCAUGGUGACCGCUGAUUCACCUGCUGCAGUCUGGCCUUUGGAGGCUCCAAACAUGCCAAAUGAAUCUUCGAUGGAAGUGCUGCAUAAUGCAUCAUCCAUCCCCUUGUCUGGAUUUUCUCUUUCACCUAGUUCGGAUCCAUCCACAGCCACCGAGAAUUACAAUCACAAUUUCAACACUGAAUCAGUAUUCACUUACUCCUUGAACUCUGCCACAAUCCCAGAGCCUCUUGCCACACCUCUUUUACUUUCCUUAAACUCUGGAGAGGCAGUUGGAUCUACCCACAGAGGUUCCUCCAGACAGCCUCGACAACUAAAUUCUCCAGUGCCUACAUCCCAUAAUGUGCCCUUAUCUUGGUCUGCUAUCAGCCCAGCUCCCCAAAUCUCACAGGGUACAGAUUCAUCUGUGCCUUCUAGCUUGCCUUUAGUUGGACAAAAUUCUCCUUCGAGAAUUCCUGAUGAAAAUCCCAUUCCUUCCCCUCGAACACAGAAUGGGACGGUGGGAGCCAGUGACACUAAUGUACCUUUUGGACACCAAUUGGAACCAUCCAGCAGAAUCAAAGACCUUCAGUUACAAGCCAGCCAUGACCCAAACACCGAACCAGGCAAUCAGCAGUUGGAGCCAAGUCAUGUGGUUUUCAUACAUACAAUAACUUCAGUGUCUGUCGAGCAAACUAUGGGUCCACCUGAAGACUUUUUCCCAACCUACACUAUGGAUGUGGACUAUGGUUCUGGAGAUUACCUAGAAACAAUGUCCUUCAUGGGAUCUGAAGGUAACGACUAUUCGCUGGUUACCAAUCUCCCAUCUGAUGUGUAUGACUUUGAGGACUCAAACUCCGAGAUCUAUGACACUACGUUUCCCACAAGAGUGGGGAUUUCAUUUUCCAGCAAACACUUGUAUCCCUCCUCUACCAGUGUUUCUAGUUCUUUCUCCAGCAAACUUGUUGAAAGUUCCAGUUUUAAUAGCAAUUCAACCUCAGAUGGAGCCAACACUGACUUAACCAAACAAAUAACAAACUUUCAGAGUUUUACAAAUGUUGUGCCCUUUACCAUGUCAAGGCCUCCAGUUUUUACCAGUGUUUUGACAUCGGCCCUUGACCACACCAUUUCUCUAUCACUUUUAACCAUCCAACCAACCAGAGUCCAUUCUCUACCAAUUGUCCCAACAACUUCAGAUGUCUUAAACCAGAACCAGUCUGUCAACGAGAGCUCAGAGUUGGCAUCUGACUGGGCAGGCACUGUUGCCGUCCAACCCACUGAUGUCCUUUUACCAGACAUGAACAGUUUAGAAUACUACACCAUCCAGUUGACCAAGGACAAUGGUAGCUUGCCAGAGCACACUGUCAAUCAGACGGUCUCUAGUGUUUUCUCUUUCAUGCCGGUUGGCACCACAAAUAUUGUGAGCACUAGAACCUACACCAUUGACCCAAGUUACAUGCUAACAGCUUUGUUUGAUGAAGAUCUACAGCCUGCAGGUAACGGUUCCUGGACUGAGGAAUCAUCAACAGACAUCUCUGGAUUUGAGCCUUUUAACACUACUAACCUGGAUACCUCUGAAGUUACACCUAGUCUAACGGAUACUACAGUGCCAUAUUUGGAGCCGUCAUUUACACUGACACCCUCAAUAGACCCUUCAGCUCCCUUUGGAGAUAUAAACUCAACCACUGAUUGGGCUACCACACCUUUUAUAGCAUACAACACUUCCUUACUGGUGACUGACCCAUCUCCGGUGACCAAAGAACCGGAUGGCAUGUCUUCUGUUAAUGACAGCCAAUGGAUUAUCACCUCACUCCCAACAGAGACCCUCUUUACUAGUAGUGUACUUCCCACUGUUUUAGUAACCACCUCUAUCAGUGUUUAUGAAUUACCAACUGACUCAACCUUAAACGUCACCUCCUCCCCUCCUGCAACCGAGAUGGCUGACGAAGGAUUUGUGUCUGGAACACCAUCUGACACCAUGGCUACUGAUGGCGAUAACACCACACCGAUCAGUAGUCUUACAACCACGUCCUCUCCAGUAUUACAUAAUGACACCACUGUCACGUCUUUUACUAUCACAAGCUCCAGCAACACAACAGGGACUACUGUGAAAGACACAUCAGGUACAAACCUAACCACAACCCAUCCAACAACUAUUGCCCGGAAUUAUCUCUGCAACAUCACUAAACCGGACACCUACUUGAUCAGAGUUGGGUUUCCUCCGGGGUCUACUGUUGGAUAUGCUAAAGCCAAAGUCCGAGAGAUUCUCAAAGCCGAGUACAGCCGCUCAGUGGAGCUACAGGUUGUGAAAGCUCCUCCAGAUUUUGUGUUUCGUGCUGUGUCUGGUGCAGUGGUUUACACUGCCAUAUCGGUCAUUAAUGCCCUGAGAAUCUCUGCUCGGACCACUAGCUCCUUUAUCAGCGUGUCACCGAUCAGUCCUGUUCCAGGCCUGCAGUACCAUGUACAUACAGUACUUCAGUUUGUACCCAGCCACAUAGAUGUGCGUAUGUGUACCUUCAGUGAGCAGACAGAGAAGGGUCUGAUCACAGCCUUAGCUGAAGUACGCCGACGCUCACAGGAGUCCACAAACUUUACUGUGAAUAUUUUAAACAUCACACUGAGUCCUGUGGGCAUGGCGGCACAACUGCAGAAGGUUCCAGUUGAGAUCACCUUUGCUGUGCGUGAUAUGCGCGGGUAUGUGCCAGGGACAGAGGUGAGCGCUCUGCUUCGACAACUUAGCAUGGUCGAGUACAGCUACUAUCUGGGCUUCCCUGUGCGCCAGAUUGCAGAACCAUUCCAUUACCCAGAGCUAAACACAACCCAACUUCUGCGUUCUUCAUGGGUUAGAACAGUGUUGUUGGGAGUAUUGGACCAGCGUGUGAGUGACAAGAUCUUCCAUGCUACUAUUGAGAGGAGACUGGCUCUGUUGCUGGGCGAUGCAUUAGGUACAGGGCGUCGCUUUAAGAGAGCAACUAGUGUGGGGAACAACAGUGUGCAGAUUGUACAGACCACUCGUCUUGUGGGCCCUGACAACCCUCUGGAGAUUAUCUACUUUGUGGAAGGAGCUAACGGACAGAGGCUUCCCGCCGCAACCACAGCGAACACGCUCAACAGUCUUGACGUACAGCAUGCAGCGAUCAUCAUGGGCUACCGCAUCCAGGGAAUAUUAGCACAGCCUGUGGAGAAACAGGCCUCUCCUUCCUCAGACACAGAGAAGACCAACACGUGGAUAAUCGUAGGGGUGGUAGUUCCCGUGGUGGUGGUCGUCAUUAUAAUAACUAUCCUGUACUGGAAACUCUGCCGCACUGACAAACUGGAAUUCCAGCCAGACACCAUGAGCACCAUCCAGCAAAGACAGAAGCUGCAGGCACCCAGCGUGAAGGGUUUUGACUUUGCCAAGCUGCACAUGGGCCAGCACAGUAAGGAUGAUCUCAUGGUCAUCCAGGACCCGUUGCCGCUUCCUGUAUCCGCUAAGGAGCAAAGCCCAGCUGAGAAUGCAGAGGUGCCCACACCAAAGUCCAAAGCCUCCACCAAAGCUUCUCGUAAUGGCCAGCGGCGCAGGGGCCAGAUUUCUCCAUCAGAGGGCGACUCUAUAGACAGUGAUCCACCCAGCGAGAGAGGAUCACCUGAGGACGGCACGAGACCUGCUGGUCUGCCUGCCGAUCCAAAGCAACCACGUAAAGCAGCUGUUAAUGGAUUAAACGGUCCACCCCCAACGAAUGGCAUGGAUGAGCCAUUAUCUUCAGCUUCCAUUUUUGAGCAUGUGGACCGAUUGUCCCGCCCAAUUGACGGCCCUAAACGCCUCCAUAAUAAAAUCCAGCUCAUCGCCAUGCAGCCGAUGCCAGCGCUGCCCCUGCCCAGCCCAACCGCCAAUGACAGAGCUGCAGAGAACACCAAGCUGAAUAAAGAGAUCCAGGUAGCUUUACGGCACAAGUCUGAGAUCGAGCACCAUCGCAAUAAGAUCCGCCUGAGGGCCAAAAGGAAAGGCCAUUACGACUUCCCUGCUAUGGAUGAUCUCAUUGAUGGUCUUGGCGACCCCAAAGAGCAGGACCGAAUUUACCUGAAGGCCCAGAUGCAGAUUGACAAGAUACUCGAUCCAGAUAUUCCCAUGCCCUCUCUGUACACCGAGCCCAAGAAAGGCAACCGAGGGAAGCGUUCUCCUAAACAGAGAAGGAAACAGCAGAUGAACGGUGAUCUGACAGAUGCUGACCGAGAUAGACUCAUAACGACUGACAGCGAUGGGACAUACAGGAAAUACCCUGGAGUCAAUAACAUAGCAUAUGUGUCGGACCCAGACCAGGGGCCCGAGCAUCAUAGCCCCUCCCCGACGGAUGACGUGUUCCAUGGUCCCGUUUCUCCUCCUCCUGGUCACCCUCCUCCUCCACCCCCCUAUCUGCCGCCUCAGCCGUCUAUAGAGGAGGCCCGGCAGCAAAUGCACUCUCUACUGGACGAUGCCUUCGCCCUCGUGUCUCCUUCGUCUCAGGGCAGCACAGCUGGCAUCACUCUGCCUGGGGUCGGUCUCAGCCCCGGACCCCCGCCUCCUUUGAGCCCGCCAUCCCGUGGUCCUCGGCCCUGGGGCCCAGGAUACCUGCCUUUGAAUCCCUACACAGGGAGAUAUGCUGAAUUAGGUCUGCCUCCUUCCAGUGUGCAAGGUUUACUACAUAGACAGGGAUUGGGGCCCGGCUACAUCCCUUCAGGAGAAGCCCUUCCUGUUGAACAGCUACAGCCGGAGUCGCUUUACACUGGUCGAGGUGGACUCGCGCUUACAGAUGAUCUGCCCUCCUCCGCCAGGCCACGACCUGUAGGUGGCACUACAGGUGCCCAGCUACAUCAUUUAACCCACGCUGGUCUGACGGGUCGUGUAGGGGACUGCCGGCAGCCUGGUGGGUUAAACUGGAGCCCGUAUCAUGAGGACGACAGCAAAUUCGCUAACAACAGAGAGCCUGUUCUUGGCUCUCUUGACUACAGCUCCAUCUCUUUAUUCCAGACCUCCAGGAAUGGCCUGAAAGAGCCAUCUUCCACUUCUGCCCACCUGGACUCUCUCGGCCUGGGCUACGCUCCCUCCGCUCCCCUAGAGGAGCCUUCCCCUCCCAACCACUCGUCCGCCUCCCUCAUCAAAGCAAUCCGAGAGGAACUGAUGCGCCUCUCCCAGAAACAGGCAGCGGUACCCAGCUACCACAGCUGAGACCUGCCCCCUCCACCUCCAACAGGCAAAAACUGCACUACACUGCACUGUACUUCCCAUGGAAGUGGCUUUUUUGAGAGGACGAUGACUGUGCGUCAUGUAGCCUCUGCUGCCGCCUGGUGGCUGAGAGCAUUAGGACAGGAAGAGUAGACAUUUCUCCUUUACUCCCAUGU